AUGGCGCAUAGGGCGCCGAGCGGCCGGGCCCCGGCUCCGUCGCGGCGGCUGGCGCGGCGGUUCCUCUUCCUCUUCACGCUGUCGCUGUCCUGCUCCUACCUCUGCUACAGCCUGCUGUGCUGCUGCGGCGGCCCCGCCGCGCCCCGCGCCCGCUGCGCGCCCGCCCGCAGCGCCGCCGCCGCCAAGAAACUUCUGCAGAAGUCGCGGCCGUGCGCGCGGGCGCCCGCCGAGCCCCCGGGCACCGCCGCGCCCGCCCGCCGCCCGCGCGACCCGCCGCCGCCGCCCGCCGCCGCCGCCCCGCCGGGGCCGGGGCCGGGGCCGGGGCCGGGGCCGGGGCCGGGGCGGGCGGGCGGCAAGCGGCUGCCGCAGGCCAUCGUGGUGGGCGUCAAGAAGGGCGGCACCCGCGCCGUGCUGGAGUUCAUCCGCGUGCACCCCGACGUGCGCGCCCUGGGCACCGAGCCCCACUUCUUCGACAGGAACUACGACCGCGGCCUCGAGUGGUACAGGAGCCUGAUGCCGCGGACGCUGGACAGCCAGAUCACCGUGGAGAAGACCCCCAGCUACUUCGUCACCAAGGAGGCCCCGCGGCGCAUCUUCAACAUGUCCCGGGACACCAAGCUGAUCGUGGUGGUGAGGAACCCGGUCACCCGGGCCAUCUCGGACUACACGCAGACGCUCUCCAAGAAGCCGGACAUCCCCACCUUCGAGGUGCUGUCCUUCCGCAACCGCAGCCUGGGGCUGGUGGACACCUCCUGGAACGCCAUCCGCAUCGGGAUGUACGCCCUGCACCUGCAGAGCUGGCUCCAGUACUUCCCCCUCUCCCAGAUCCACUUCGUCAGCGGGGAAAAGCUGAUCACGGACCCCGCCGGGGAGAUGGGCAAGGUCCAGGACUUCCUGGGCAUCAAGCGGGUGAUCACGGACAAGCACUUCUACUUCAACAAGACGAAAGGCUUUCCUUGCCUGAAGAAGACGGAGAGCAGCGGCUCGCCCCGCUGCCUGGGCAAGUCCAAAGGCAGGACUCACGUGCAGAUAGACCCGGAGGUGAUAGAGCAGCUCCGGGACUUCUAUAGACCUUAUAAUAUCAAAUUCUAUGAAACAGUCGGGCAGGACUUCAGGUGGGAAUAAGCCCCGGGGAGCAGAGCCGCGGUGACGUGAGCACUCUGCGGUCCUGCGCGCGGGGCCGGGAGCAGUCCUCCACGCGGAGCCCGCCGGCCGGAGCCGGGAGCGAGCCUCCCCGGCCCUGGGCAGCCCGGGAUGCCGCGGGGCACCGAGCCGGCAGAGGCAGCGUGCCGGCCCCGGCCACCGCGGGAUCGUGCCGGCCCCACGGCAGCGCCUCGGGGCUCGCUGAGGCUCGUGCUCCCGGUGCGGCGGUGGGGAGCGGGGCCGGGGCGCGAUGGCCCCACGCGCGGGCUGCACCGAGCGCAUCCCUGCUCCGCGCCCCGGCGAGGCCGGCGCAUCCCCGGGCAGCGCUGCGGUGCCGCGGGCCGGCGAGCCUGCACCGCCGUGCCUCCCGCUGCGCGCGGCCCCGAGGACGGCGAGAUGUAUCUGCUUGAGAAAAAAAUGUCUUUGACAAAUGUUGUAACGAUAUUUUGUCCUGUGAAUAAAGCACAGCCUCCUGCUGUUACGGGUA